AUGCCGAAAAAUAAAAAUAAGAUGAAUCCCAAAGAAGAAUCGGAGAAUGUGAUUUACCUCAAAAAGGAAAUUGGAUCAUAUUUAGCUAUUGCAUUAGCCGAAUUAUGCGUCAAAAGACCGCCGAAUCCUAUCGACUUUUUAGCCAAAAUAUUAAAAAGUUGUUAUACUUUUAUUGAACUGGAUAAACAGAUGGAAAAGGAAAAGGAGGAAAGAUUUGAAGUUGAUACUCCUCUCCACUUGGAUUCGGAUCACUCUUUGAAGAUAGAUAUGACAAAAUUUCAAUUUACGUACGAUUAUAAUACUCAUCCGUUGCAAUGUGAAACGACAAGAGGUUUGUUGCCCGAAGCAAAGAACAGCUCUUCACGAAGAAUUUCGGUAGAAAGUAAAAUCGACACGAGCUUAAACCGAAUAAAAAAAGAUCCUCCGGGAGAAUUAAAAACGUCAUCUCAGGAUACAGUCGAAGAAUAUCCUUCACGAGUAUGGAAAGUAGUUAAGGAAGAAGUUAUUCCAGCGUUUACUGGAACUGAAGAUGAAGAAACUUAAUAAAACAAUAAAAUAUAAACUAUGUUAAUAAUAUUGAAUAAACUACUUUGAAAAGUUAUGCAAAUAUUUUCUUACUGAUAAUUUAUUCAUAUGACUAAUAAAUGGGCCUAUAAGCAUGGCCAUCCAGCACUUGUAUGGGGCUCGGAGUAGAGUGGUCCCCUUUUGCCAUUUUUUAAAAAAAACAGAUGAAAUAUGUAGAAUGCUUCUUUAUUAAUAAA